UUCUAAUCUUUGUGACAUGUCCACAUGCGUGGAGCUAUACGUACUGACAUACAUGUUCGUAAAAUAUAUAUAAGAUGGGAUUGCCCGGCUUUUUGUAUCGUGGCGAGUUUGAUUUUACACAGGUUAAUUGAUGCUCUAAGAUAAUAUACUUUGCAUUAUCUUUCAUCUAUUGUUAUCACGCCAAUUUUUGUUAAAUAUUCGUCGAGAGAUUCAUUUCUUAAACAUUUAAUUUGUCGAAAUGACAAUCGGCAACUAGCAAAGUUUGUAACAAAUAAUGCGUCGCGUAAAAUCAUGAAGCUGUACGAGAAUCCCGAUGGCGUGCCUUUGGAAGAAUUGCAAUUAAAUAUUAAAGACGAUGGAGUGAUUGUUGUAAUAAGUGCAUUGAAUAUAAAAUGGACAGAGAAACGUUAUUUUUUGCAUUACAAAGCACCAGAAAUAUACAAUGAAGAUGGAUCGGAAAUUGUGGGUGCUAGGGAACAUUGGAUAGAAGUUACAAAUUAUAUCACUGAAGAUUUAAAUUGGUUACUUAAUCUUCCAUUUUAUAGAUUUUGGUCCAAUAUUAUAUACAAUACUUCAAUUAUAGAUACAUUAGUAUCUUUUCUACAAGAGGCUCCACCUUUUUAUGCAUUAGAAAAUUUUCCUAGCGAACCAGGAAUGCUUGAAGCAUUAGAAAAGCUUCAUUACAAUGUACUUAUGGUUUUUGCACGUCUUGCUACAAACAAAGAAAAUUCGACAGAAUUCAUGAGCCGUCCGUUCCUUGGAAAUUUGUUAUAUGACAAUUAUAUAUUUACAAUACCAAUUAUAUUUGAUUUAUGUCAAUUGUAUGGUAGAGAAAAUACUAAAGUCAUAGAGAAAAUCAUAUAUAGCGUAUUUACUCUGCAACCAAUGUACAAUGAUGAUCUUGAAAAGUCUGUUACAUGUCUCAUAAAGGCUUUUGAAAAUGUCGAACGAAGAUUCGAAGAUUGUCUAGGCCACGCAAGUGGAGCAGUAGUGCUUUCAGAGAGAGAAAAUGAUUCCACCGAGAUGACAUUAUAUAAUUUAGAGGACUUGAUAUUGUACAUUCUAGAUGUAUCAUCGACUCUUACUGUAUUAUUAAAAAGUUAUUCUCCAGUAAUUAUUACAUUUCAUAAAGAUGACUUCAUCAACAAAUUGGUUAUAUUUUAUGGGAAUACAAUACCUGAGAUGUAUAAAAAAUUAGACAAGUUAGCAUAUAAUGACGAAAAUAUGCCAAAAUACAUCGAAUUGAAACAUCGUCUUGAUGUAACUAGAGUGGAAGUGUUAAAUCUUUAUCGAAUUAUUGUCUAUGAACCUAUAUUAAAUAUUCAGGAAAAAGUGAACACAAUAACAGAAAGUGAAGUACGAAAUUAUAUAGAUGAAUAUUUGAAUUUACUGAUGAAUGCUAUGACCGAAAAGGAAUUUAUUAUCGAUUAUCAUGAGUUUUAUCCAAUUAAUGUCGAUCUUGCAAAUCUUUCAACACUCUGUCCUGAAAUUGAUGCAAUAAAAUGUGAUUACAUCUUACAAUCAUUAUAUGCAUCGAUUGGAGAUACUAAAACAUUAGUUAAUGCAUCCCACAAUAAUACAAAUAUGGCUGUUGCUGAAUCUAGCAGUGUUCAAAGUAAUCAAUGGGAAGGAAAUUGCAAUAAUGUGAAUUAUGUAAACAAUGAGAUGGAAUCCAUUUCAAAAGAUCCUGACAGAUUGAUGUCUCUUAUCUCUAAAGUGAAAGAAAUUUUGUGUGAUUGUGGUGAAGGUUUUAUAGAGCAAUGUUUAAAACAUUAUAAUUAUGAUGUUGCAUCUGUAGUAAAUGCAGUUCUGGAAAAUGAUAAUUUACCAUAUAAUUUGAAGGAAUUAGAUAGGACAUUACCGUUACUUCUAGAUCCAAUGGAAGCAUCAUCUAUUGUAGAUUCGGCAGUUCAAGAUGGCAUUCAAAGAUUAAAUGUUUUUGAUAAUGACGAAUUUGACGUUAUGACACGAGAUGUCAUAGACACAUCAAAGAUUCAUGUAGGAAAAAAGAAAGAUAAGUACAAAAAUGCAAAUGAAAUGUUAGAUGAUAAAUCUGAAAUUAAGAAAUGUCGGAAAGUUUACGAGAAAUAUAGCAUUGUCGAUAGUUAUGAUGAUGAGUAUGACGAUACAUAUGACAGCCAUAACAUUGGUGGUAAUGUACUGGAUGAUUCAGAAAUAGACGCCAGAUCAUUUACUAUUCCAAGGAUACUUCGUGCAUACCAUAAAAAUGACGUUAGUUCCGAAGAUGAAAGCGAAGUUGAAGAUGAAAAGCCAGUGCAAAAUGGUCAUUUUGUACAAAAUCCAGCGGAAUUACGGGCAAAAAUCGAGCAACAGAGACAAUCAAGAGAAGGCAAAAAUGCGCGUGAUGUAGUUGGCAAAUCUAAAGGUCAAGGGCAAAAUAAAGAUGUCCUGAUGAAUAGACAUAAGAAAAAUGUGCACAAAAAUACACAAGGCAAUCACAAUCGUCGCAUAGGAUCUCAAGUAAAAAAAAGACAAGGAAUGAUUCCAUCUUAGAUAGCGGCACAUUUUCAAACGGCAAACGUGAGAAAUCUACAAUGUAC